CCUCCUCUCUGCUGCUCCGCGCCCUGAGUCCGGCUCUUCCCCGUCCCAGAGCUGCUCGGCCUGCCCAUGGACAGAGGAGCGAUGCUGACCGCGGCUCUGCUGUGCUGCUGGAGCCUCUCGCUGUGCGUGGUCACCGCCAUCCGGAGGACUGACCUGUUCCCUUACGGCGCUCUGACAGGAGAUCUAAUUCUGCCAGAGGGCGACGAUGAGACGUCCAGAGCGCUGACCCUACCUAGACCCUUUUACUUUUUUGACUCCCCUUUCUCCCAGCUGUAUGUGGCCACCAACGGCAUCAUCUCAGCCCAGGACCUGCCUAUGGAGAAGCAGUACGUCGAUGAUGGCCUCCCUACGGACUUCCCUGUUGUAGCACCGUUCCUGGCUGACAUAGACACCAGCGGAGGACGAGGAAGCAUUUAUUACCGGGUCACCGAAACACCCAGCGUGCUCAACAGACUCGCCAAGGAGGUGCACCGCGGCUUCCCAGAUGCACAGUUCACCCCCACGCACGCUGUGGUGGCGACGUGGGAAAACGUGGCGGCGUAUGAAGAACAAGCUCGAGCCACUGGAGCCUUAAACAAGGUCAAUACGUUCCAAGCUGUGAUCGGAUAUGAUGAAACUGACUCGUUCGUUCUCUUCCUUUAUCCUGAAGAUGGGCUUAGGUUUUUUGGGACACGACCUAAGGAGUCCUAUAAUGUGGAGAUAGAGCUUCCUGCUAGAGUUGGCUUCAGUAGAGGAGAAGUUCCAUAUUUCAUCAUCUCCAAAACUGAUGGACCUUUUUACAGCGUUGCCCAAGAUGAAUAUAAUGUUAAAAAGCUUUCUCAGGUUGGAAACACUGGAGUCCCAGGUGUUUGGCUUUUCCAUACUGGAAAACGCUACUCUUUUCAAGACAUCAUUCCUGCAUCCACUGGUGGUCUCCUUGCUACUCCACCGACUGCUGGAUAUGGCCUCUACCUGGACACAACCACCCCUGAAUAUGAGUUUACCGAUUAUACAUUUGAGCCAGAGACCGAAGAGGAAGUGGAUGGCUACACCCUGACGGGCAAAGACCCCAGGUUCCAACCAAAUCCAGCUGGUAGAGACCACCCAGAGUCCCGUCAACCUGGAAGUCUCGACUCUCCGUCACAAGAUUCCGAUCCCGAGUUGACUUACAACAGAAAAGAUGUACCGUUGACUUUGGAGCCGGUAGAAAGGCAGUACGCUCCGCCUGGUUUCCCGCUGACGGGCCCAGAAGAACGCGCUCAACGGCCCGGGGAACAGCAACCGCAGCUUCCUUUGGAGGUGGUGGACGUGUACCCUCCUCUGAGAGGCGAAGCACCCCUCUCCCCUGGAGGUCACGUUGUCAGCGUGGAUGAAGACGAUGUUGACUUUGACACAGGAGUGAUCCAGUACACUACAGAGAAUAAGGAAACAUGUGCCAGGUUCCAGCAGCAGUGCUCCCAGAAUGCAUUCUGCUCAGACUACCCCACAGGUUUUUGCUGUCACUGCCGACCGGGCUUCUAUGGAAAUGGCCGCCAAUGUCUACCAGACGGUGCUCCCCAGCGCGUCAGCGGUAAGGUGAGCGGCACGCUGACGGUGGGUUCGACUCCAGUUGAGCUGAAUAACAUCGACCUUCAUGCCUACAUCGUGGUUGGAGACGGAAGAGCUUACACAGCCAUUAGUGAGGUACCAGAGCCAGUGGGCUGGGCCAUGAUGCCGGUUUCACCAAUCGGAGAGCUUUUUGGAUGGCUGUUUGCUCUGGAGCUGCCCAAUAGCCAAGCGGGAUUUAAAAUCACAGGUGCUGAGUUCAGCCGUCAUGCCGAGGUGCUGUUUAACCCCGGCAACCAGCGCCUGUCCAUCAUGCAAACCGGUCGGGGCCUUGACGAACACAACCACCUCAGUGUGGACACUGUAAUUAAGGGCAAUGUGCCAUACAUACCACCUGGAGCAGAAGUUACUAUGGAGCCCUUCAAGGAGACCUACCAGUACUACCCGUCUGUUGCCACCUCCAGCUCCAUCAGGGAGUUUUCGGUUGUGUCAGCUGAGCGCGGCACAGAGUCCUACACGUUCCACCUGAAGCAGAACAUCACGUAUCGUGACUGUCGCCACCACAACCGGGAUGCCACGCCCGAGACGCUGCAGAUCAACAUGGAGAGGGUGUUUGUGAUGUACGUCAAGGAGGAGCGCAUCCUGAGAUACGCCAUCACUAACAAGAUCAGCCCAGUCGGAGCAGAUUCUUCUGGGGUUGAGCUGUUGAACCCCUGCUAUGCUGGGACCCAUGACUGCGACACCACAGCGCAGUGCAUCCCACUGGAGGGCCAAGAUUUCCGGUGCCAGUGUGCUACUGGUUACAGAGGAGAUGGACAGAACUGCAACGACAUCGAUGAGUGUGCAGAGGGUUUGAGCUCGUGUGGCGAUUACUCUCAGUGCCUGAACCUUCCUGGCACACACCGCUGCCAGUGCCAGAGCGGCUUUGAAUCCGGCCACAGCAGCCAUACCUGUGUUGACAUAGACGAGUGCAGCUCUUCUCCAUGCCACAUCAGUGCCAGAUGUGUCAACGAACUGGGGUCCUUCCAGUGUCAGUGCCUGCGCGGAUUUUAUGGCGACGGAUUCCACUGUUCCCCUCUGGCAGAGCGGCCGGGGAGCCAGUGUGAACGGCACAGAGACAGCCUACAGAGUGGAGGACAAACAAGUAGUGGAGCCUACAUCCCUCAAUGUGACUCUGAUGGACAGUAUCGACCACGGCAGUGCCAUGGUUCUACUGGACACUGUUGGUGCGUGGACAGUAGUGGACAGGAAAAACCAGGAACUAGGACUCCACCUGGUACAGCACCUAAAGUCUGCGAUGCAUUAGAUGAGCCAGAGCGUGCCAGGACUCAGUGUGAGCACCACAGAGACAGUGUUCAGACCACUGGUCCAGAUGGACUCCCUCUAGUUGGAGCCUAUGUACCCCAGUGUGAUGAAAAUGGACAAUAUGUACCUCAGCAGUGCCAUGAUUCUACUGGACAUUGUUGGUGUGUGGACAGUAGAGGACAGGAGAGAGCAGGAACCAGGAGUCCACCUGGUACACCUCGUGUAGACUGCAGCAGAGCAGAUGAGCCAGAGCGUGCCAGGACUCACUGUGAGCACCACAGAGACAGUGUUCAGACCACCGGUCCAGAUGGACUCCCUCUAGUUGGAGCCUAUGUACCCCAGUGUGAUGAAAAUGGACAAUAUGUACCUCAGCAGUGCCAUGGUUCUACUGGACAUUGUUGGUGUGUGGACAGUAGAGGACAGGAGAGAGCAGGAACCAGGAGUCCACCUGGUACACCUCGUGUAGACUGCAGCAGAGCAGAUGAGCUAGAGCGUGCCAGGACUCAUUGUGAGCACCACAGAGACAGUGUUCAGACCACCGGUCCAGAUGGACUCCCUCUAGUUGGAGCCUAUGUACCCCAGUGUGAUGAAAACGGACAAUAUGUACCUCAGCAGUGCCAUAGUUCUACUGGACAUUGUUGGUGUGUGGACAGUAGAGGACAGGAGAGAGCAGGAACCAGGAGUCCACCUGGUACACCUCGUGUAGACUGCAGUAGAGCAGAUGAGCCAGAGCGUGCCAGGACUCACUGUGAGCACCACAGAGACAGUGUUCAGACCACCGGUCCAGAUGGACUCCCUCUAGUUGGAGCCUAUGUACCCCAGUGUGAUGAAAAUGGACAAUAUGUACCUCAGCAGUGCCAUGGUUCUACUGGACAUUGUUGGUGUGUGGACAGUAGAGGACAGGAGAGAGCAGGAACCAGGAGUCCACCUGGUACACCUCGUGUAGACUGCAGCAGAGCAGAUGAGCCGGAGCGUCCAAAGACCCACUGUGAGCACCACAGACACAGUGUUCAGACAAGCUCAGAUGGAAAUCCUCCGCCUGGAGCCUAUGUGCCUGAGUGUGAUGAAAAUGGACAGUAUCUGCCACAGCAGUGCCAUGGUUCUACUGGACAUUGUUGGUGUGUGGACAACAGGGGAGAGGAGAGAGCAGGAACCAGGAGUCCACCUGGUGCACCUCGUGUAGACUGCAGCAGAGCAGAUCAACCGCAGCGUCCUAAAACUCCCUGUGAGCACCAGAAGGAAAGAGCACAGGCCACCGGCUCACAGGGAUAUCCUGUAGCCGGAGCCUAUGUGCCUCAGUGUGAUGCAGAUGGACUGUACAUACCGCUACAGUGCCACACGUCUACCGGUUAUUGUUGGUGUGUCAACAAAGAUGGACAGGAGAGAGCAGGAACCAGGACGCCGCCUGGUUCUCAACCAAAGGACUGUGUGAAACCAGAUGCUCCUAAAACUCGCUGCGAGGAGCAAAGAGACCGAGCACAAGCCAACAUUCAAGAGCAGUAUCCCUCAGCUGGGGUGUUUGUUCCUCGCUGUGAUGCAGAGGGACAGUACCUACCUCGGCAGUGCCAUGGUUCUACUGGACAUUGUUGGUGCGUUGACAGCAGUGGACAGGAGAGAGCAGGAACCAGGACUCCACCUGGUGCCACACCUGUAGACUGUAAGAAACCAGCAUCUAACAAUCGACAGGAGAGCGUGUGUGAGAGAUGGAGGGCCAGUUUGAUCGAGCACUACGGUGGAAAACCAGACCCCAAUCAGUACUUGCCUCAGUGCGAGCCAGAUGGAGAAUUCAGUCCGGUCCAGUGUUACGGGGAGUCCUCUUACUGUUGGUGUGUCGACCAGGACGGACGGGAAGUCCCUGGUACUCGCUCAAAUGAUGCUGUCAAACCAGCGUGCCUCCCGUCAGUGGCCCCGCCUGUCGUACGUCCCGUCACCCGUCCAGACGUGACCCCUCCGGCGAACACCGACGUCACUCUCCUCUACGCUCAGGGACAGAAAAUAGGAGCUCUGCCUCUGAACGGGACCAGACUGGACGCAGCGCGCUCCAAAACACUGUUGACUCUACAUGGCUCCAUAGUUGUCGGUAUGGCCUACGACUGCAAAGAAAAUAAAGUCUAUUGGACGGAUUUGUCAGCAAGGACGAUUAACAGAGCUUCCAUGGCCUCCGGAGCUGAGGCUGAGAUGCUGAUCAACACAGAUCUGGUCAGUCCGGAGGGUUUGGCCGUGGACGCCAAACGCAGGUUGAUGUUCUGGGUCGACUCGAACAUGGAUGUGAUCGAAAGCGCCGACCUGGACGGCAGCAGGAGGCGGACCCUGUUCGACUCGGACCUGGUCAACCCGCGGGCCAUCAUCGCGGUUUCGUCCACCGGGAGUCUUUAUUGGACCGACUGGAACAGAGAGGCUCCAAAGAUCGAGACCUCCACCGUGGACGGUCAGGGCCGCAGAGUGGUCGUGUCUGAUGGGAUCGGUCUGCCAAACGCCCUGACCUACGACUCCUCCUCCGGACAGAUCUGCUGGGCUGACGCAGGCACAAAGCGCUUGGAGUGCAUCUCUCCAAACGGCUCGGGUCGAAGAUUGAUCCACUCCGACCUCAACUACCCAUUCAGCAUGGUCUACUACAGCAACCACUUCUAUUAUAGCGACUGGAGGAGGGACGGGGUGAUCGCAUUGAGCAAAGACAGCAGCAAGUUCACCGAUGAAUACCUGCCUGACCAGCGCUCUCACCUGUACGGCAUCACCAUAGCAACCACCCACUGUCUACCAGGGAGCCACUAACAACGGACCAGCAAUCACGGGUCCUUUGGUGCUAUAGUCGCGGGAGCCGAUCGCCGCACGGGAAGAAGGCCGAUUCCCGCCGCCGGGAGCAGAUCAGCCUUCAGAGAAGAGUCGCAACCCCCCCACCGUCCUCACCCUCAAAAUAUAAACUCAAAAGUAAAUGUUUUGUAAAUUUGUUUAUUACCUCAUUUUUCUAGUUUUUUUGUUUAAAUGUUUUUGUGUUAUGUUGUUUUCUAUCACAGCUACAGAGCAAUGAUUUAAAAAAAAUCUUCACUAGCGUGCCGCUUUCCUGUCACUUAAAGGGAUAGUUCAGGAUUUUUUGAAGUGAGGUUUCUGGUAAAAAGCUGGAAGCAGCUAUCUUCAUUUAGACUAAAUCAUUAAAUCAUAAACUAGUGGGCUGGAUCUUACUGCUAACCUGAGCUUGAUACUAAACCAAGAUGGCCAACAGGGACCUACUGCUUGUAACUUUUCACCACGAACUCGCCUCAAAGAUCCUGAACUGCUCCACCGUAGCUAACGAAUGCUAACACUAAGCAUCAGGGUGGUCACACUGUCCAGUGUGACCACUAUGCAUUCAGUUUUUGUUUGACGUAUUUAGUGACAAUUUAAGACCGUUUUGUGUGUUUUAUUAAAAGUAACUUGGACUCAGCAGUAUUACUAUGGAUCUAGAGCCAGGAAAUGGUAACUUAAGUCACAUUUCAACACGGAAACGAGUAGAGCAAACCAGUCAGAUUGCUGCAGCUAGAGAAAGUCACUUUUUUUUUUUUGCUGAGUAUUUUUUUACAUUGUAAACCUUUUCCUGCUAACGAGAUGUGAUAUUUAUAUCAAUAAAAUGGGAUUUGAUACAAGUUUA